AUGACAACUAGAGGGGAGUACCUCUUGAAGUUUUCCGUUGGCACACCAACCGUCAGACAAUGGGCAAUCCUUGACACCGCCAGCGACAUCGUGUGGACUCAAUGCCUCGAAUGUAUCAACUGUUUCAAACAGACUCAACGCAAAUUUGAUCCUAAGAAAUCACUAUCCUAUCAACCAAUUGGAUGUGAAGAACCAAAAUGUCAACAAUUGAGAAGAGGUGUCAUUAAUUGUAGUGGUGCAAAUAGCAAUUGUAAAUAUCGAUUAGAAUACAGUGACAACUCAUUGAGCUACGGGGAACUAGCCACGGAAACUUUUAAAUUGGAAAACACUUCCCUCCCGGGAAUGGUUUAUGGGUGCUCGAAUAACAACAUUGGCGUAUUCGAAAAGAGCACAGCUGGUAUUGUUGGGAUCGGAAAUGGGCCACAUUCAUUAAUUAAUGGUCUUCCAGAUAACAUCCGGGAUAAAUUCUCGUACUGCCUAACCGAUCCUUCUAAAAGAAAUGUAAGAAGCUAUAUAAGUUUCGGAGCUAACGCAAUCAUGUCUAAUCCCGGUUCAAUCUCCAUCCCGUUGGGCUUAGGGGUAUCUCGCCCCAUCUAUUACAUCACAUUGGAAGGUGUCAGCAUCCAAAAUAUGAGAUUUCCCUUCAUUGGAGUAUCUAAUAACAUGAUAGACACGGGUUCAACAAUAUCCUAUUUGCAAGCUAAUUUGUACUAUGAAUUGGAAGCAGAACUAAUAAGCAAUAUUCAAGACACGCCAGUUUCACCUCCAGAUGAUGUUCAUGUAAGACUUUGUUAUAAGAAACACAAGUACCUUAAAAUGCCGACCAUCAUUUACCAUUUUUCCGAAGAUGCUCAAUUGGCUUUGUCGAUGAAAAAUACUGGACUUGAAGUCGAUGAUCUAUGGUGUCUAGGGAUAAUGCCAACUAAUAAUACUAUAGGUGUAUUUGGGAACCUAUUUCAAAUGAACUACAUGAUUGGAUAUGAUAUUCAGAGACGAAGAGUUUCUUUUAGUCCAAAUUAUUGCUGA